AUGUCUAAGGCUGUUGGUAUUGAUUUGGGUACUACUUACUCAUGUGUUGCACACUUCGCUAACGAUCGUGUUGAAAUUAUUGCUAACGAUCAAGGUAACAGAACCACUCCAUCCUAUGUUGCUUUCACUGACACUGAGAGAUUGAUUGGUGAUGCUGCUAAGAACCAAGCUGCUAUGAACCCACACAACACUGUCUUUGACGCUAAGAGACUUAUCGGUAGAAACUUCAACGACAACGAAGUCCAGACUGAUGCCAAGCACUUCCCAUUCAAGUUGGUUGAUGUUGAUGGUAAGCCUCAGAUCGAGGUUGAGUUCAAGGGUGAGACCAAGAAGUUCACUCCAGAACAAAUCUCCUCCAUGGUCUUGGGUAAGAUGAAGGAAACCGCUGAGCAAUUCUUGGGUUCCGCCGUCAACGAUGCUGUCGUCACCGUCCCAGCUUACUUCAACGACUCUCAAAGACAAGCCACCAAGGAUGCUGGUACCAUCGCUGGUCUAAACGUCUUGCGUAUCAUUAACGAACCAACCGCUGCCGCUAUCGCUUACGGUUUGGACAAGAAGGGCGGUGAAGAAAACGUCCUAAUCUUCGACUUGGGUGGUGGUACUUUCGAUGUCUCCCUAUUGUCCAUCGAAGACGGUAUCUUCGAAGUCAAGGCCACCGCUGGUGACACUCACUUGGGUGGUGAAGAUUUCGACAACAGAUUGGUUAACCACUUCGUCCAAGAAUUCAAGAGAAAGAACAAGAAGGACUUGUCCUCCAACCAAAGAGCUAUGAGAAGACUAAGAACCGCUUGUGAAAGAGCCAAGAGAACUUUGUCCUCCUCCGCUCAAACCUCCAUCGAAAUCGACUCCUUGUUCGAAGGUAUCGACUUCUACACCUCCAUCACCAGAGCUAGAUUCGAAGAAUUGUGUGCUGACUUGUUCAGAUCCACUUUGGACCCAGUCGAAAAGGUUUUGAGAGACUCUAAGUUGGACAAGUCCGCUGUCCACGAAAUCGUCUUGGUCGGUGGUUCCACCAGAAUUCCAAAGGUCCAAAAGUUGGUCACUGACUUCUUCAACGGUAAGGAGCCAAACAGAUCCAUCAACCCAGAUGAAGCCGUCGCUUACGGUGCUGCUGUCCAAGCCGCUAUCUUGACUGGUGACCAAUCCUCCAAGACCCAAGACCUAUUGUUGUUGGAUGUCGCUCCAUUGUCCCUUGGUAUUGAAACUGCUGGUGGUGUCAUGACCAAGUUGAUCCCAAGAAACUCCACUAUCCCAACCAAGAAGUCCGAGAUCUUCUCUACUUACGCUGACAACCAACCAGGUGUCUUGAUUCAAGUCUUCGAAGGUGAAAGAGCUAAGACAAAGGACAACAACUUGCUAGGUAAGUUCGAAUUGUCCGGUAUCCCACCUGCCCCAAGAGGUGUCCCACAAAUCGAAGUUACCUUCGACGUCGACUCCAACGGUAUCUUGAACGUCUCCGCUGUCGAAAAGGGUACUGGUAAGUCUAACAAGAUUACCAUCACCAACGACAAGGGUAGAUUGUCCAAGGAAGAUAUCGAAAGAAUGGUUGCUGAAGCCGAAAAGUUCAAGGAAGAAGAUGAAAAGGAAUCUGAAAGAAUUGCUUCCAAGAACCAAUUGGAAUCUAUCGCUUACUCCUUGAAGAGCUCCAUCUCCGAAGCCGGUGACAAGUUGGAAGAAGCUGACAAGGAAGCCGUCUCCAAGAAGGCUGAAGAAGUCAUCCAAUGGUUGGACAACAACACCACUGCUACUAAGGAAGAAUACGACGACCAAUUGAAGGAAUUGCAAGAAAUUGCUAACCCAAUCAUGACUAAGUUGUACCAAGCUGGUGGUGCUCCAGGUGGUGCCGGUGCCGCUGGUGGUUUCCCAGGUGGUGCUCCUCCAGCUCCAGAAGCUGAAGGUCCAACCGUCGAAGAAGUUGAUUAA